AAUUUACAGUCCUGCUUUUCAUCACAGUCACAGUAUUAAUCUCUCAACUAGAAAAAUGGCAGUAAUGCUGAACCAGACAGAGGUGAGGGAAUUCAUCCUUUUGGGCCUCACGGAUCUCCAGGGGUUGCAGCACUUUUUCUUCAUCGCCUUCCUGUUGCUCUACCUGACCAGUCUUCUGGGAAACAGUGCCAUUGUGACCACAGUGAUAUUUGAGUCCUGGCUCCACGCACCGAUGUACUUCUUCCUGGGAAACCUCUCCUGCCUGGACAUCUUCUACUCUACGGUUACUGUUCCCAAGACGCUCGCUGGCUUUCUCUUUGGGCAUCAGCCCAUCUCUUUUGGUGGGUGCUUGGCCCAGCUCCACUUCUUCCACUUCCUGGGCAGUACUGAAGCUGUGCUCCUGGCCAAGGCCUAUGACCGCUAUAUGGCCAUUUGCAGCCCCUUGCGCUACGCCCUGGUCAUGAGCUCACCCACAUGUCUGUUGCUGGCUGUGGCCACCUGGGCGACUGGUUUUUUUCAUGCCACAAUGCACUCAGUCAUGACUUCUCAGCUGAGUUUCUGUGGCCACAGCCACAUCCAGCACUUCUUCUGUGACAUCAAACCACUUUUGAAUUUGGCUUGCAGUAGCACCAGCCUCAACUUGGUCUUCCUCAAUGUUGACACCACAUCCAUUGCUCUAGCCCCUUCCACUCUCAUAGCCCUCUCUUACCUCUAUGUUAUCGUCUUCCUCUUCCUGAAAUUUGAGUCCAAAGGAGGAAGAUGGAAGGCUUUCUCCACCUGUGCUUCCCACUUCAGUGUCGUGGCCCUGCUGUACAUACCAGUUUUCUUCAAUUACACACCUCCCUUCUCAGGAAGCUCCUCCAAAAGGGAAACGCAGGUGUCUCUCAUGCAUAGUGUUGCCACCCCAGCUCUGAACCCUCUAAUCUACACUCUUAGGAACCAGGAAGUGAAAUCUGUCCUGAAAAAGAGUUAGGGAGAAAACUUUUCCCUGGAGGAAAAUGACUAAAAUAAGGACAAAACUCAGAACGCGGUUACUCCACCUCUGAUAUCGUCAGGGAAAAAGGACAAGAGGACACUAUGUUGCAAGAGACUGAAAAAUUACUGGUUAUCUCAUGUAGUUUUAAGCAUUUGGAAGUUAAUUGCACAGAUCUAAAUUAGGAGAGACUUUCAAGGGCUUGAUGUUUCUUCUGUCAUUUCAGAUGUCUUACGGUAUCCCAUCUGGUCUCCAGCUGCCAAUACAGCCAUGUAUGUCUCUUGCAGGUCCUGAGUCACAGCUGAUAGCCCCAUGCAGUUGUUCCGGAUAAUCUAAGGUAUUAAAUGAUGACUUGAUAGCUAU